GAUAAAACAAUUGUAUCUUCUGUGUCAGACAAUGUAUACAAUAUAAAAAAUGUAUUAAGUACUUUAAAAUUAAAAAAUCUUGGUCGUUUUGUUCAUACCCAUAAUUUAAUUGUAGUCUGCAUUAAAACAAGAAUCCAGUCUCAUUGAUAAUGUUAGAGCGAAUUCAACACAUUUUAGAAAAAGUAUCACUUACAUCACAAGCUAAUGACUUACCAAACAAAUUUAGGGAAAAAGCAAAUAAAAAAAAUGCUUCAAGAUGUUUCAACGUGUUGGAACUCAACAUUUUAUAUGCUACAGCGUUUUGUUGAUUUGGAAUUGGCAAUCAGAGGAACAAUAGGGCUUUAGGACAAAGCCCUAGACAGCUUAAACUCAGAGGAAUGGUUAAGUGUUAGAGAAUUUUGCAAAGUGUUAAGCCAAUUUGAAGAAGCAAUUAAAGCAAUCAGUGGCGAACAGUACAUGGCAGCUUAUUGACAAUUAUUAUUGUUCACGGUCUUCAAAAUAUCUGUGAACUAAUGAAAAAAUGUAAUUACUUGAAAGAACAAAUGAUUUAAUUAAUAAUUUAGUUACCGGUAUAAAUGACAGACAAAGCUAGGGAAACCUUGAAAAAAGUAAUACUUUAGGGAAAUGUACGUUUCUGGAUCCCCGAUUUAAAAAUGUAAGAUUUGUAAACAACAUUAGUAUGCUAAAUACUAUAAAAAAUGACAUCAUCGAUUCCACAAGUCAAUCAAUUUCUUUGUCCAGAUCUGAAGUUACUACUACAUCAAAUAUUGAACUUUCAAAAUCCUUAGAAAGCACAUCUGCACCUAAAGAAAAGACAUUUUCAAUUUGGGAAACUAUUGAUACUUAAGUUACUCAUAUUCACCCGGUUGAAAGAACUUCAAGAUCACAGGCAAUAAUAGAAGUUCAGCGUUACACGGAAGAAGCAUUAGUUUUGAGAAAUUCUAAUCCUUUGAUAUGAUGGAAAGAACAAAAACACAAUCUUCCAUUUCUUAGCAUUUUGGUGAGAAGAAUGUUGUGCUGUUUUAGUUCAUCAGUUCCAUGCGAGCAUGUAUUUUCAAAAGCCGGUUUAAUAUUAUCUGACCGGAGAUGCCAUUUAAAUUCUAAAAAACCACAGAUGCUGUUGUUCUUAAAUCAAAAUGGAUAAUUAUUAGAUAGAGCCAUUAGUGUGUUAGUCAUUACCUUAAAUUGACAGUCUAUAGUUCAAUAAUAAAUAAUUUUUGUUUUAGAUUUAACAAAAUUAUGAUUGAAUAUUUCUCAUCUAAUGUUCAAUAAUCACUAAUGUAAAAUAUAUUGAGCAUUGACAUAUCCUGUACCGGCUGUACCCACAUAUUAUGGCCAUUUAAUUGAUGUUUAGUUUAAUAGGUACCAAUCACCAGUGAUACAUACUGUUCAUGCUACUAGGUACUAUACUUACUAUGUUCUCUAUACAUAAAUCAAAAUAUCAGUAUAUCACUAUAAAGCUUGAAUAAAAAUACAACAUUAUUUAAAUUUUAAUAUACUAGUCUAAGCACUAAAAUAUAGUCCAUGGUCUUUUGUACGUAUAGACUAGAAUAUAUUAUAAAACAAAGUUAACACACGUCAAUUUCAAGCAGUUAAAACAAAAAGCUGAGACAUCGUUCACAAUAUUUAUGGCGGCAAACAUUGAAAAAUGAAUACAUUACGGAGUAUUAUCUAUAAAGACAGAGAUAGAAAUACCCAAAAUAUUCGUCACGGACCAAGAUAUUAGAUAUUAUUAUAACCUUAGUCCGUGGCACAGAUAUAUAUCUGUGGUCCGUGGAUUCGCUUUCUCUUUCUAACACACUAGCUCCGUGUUAUUUACAUUAGUCAUAUGGGCGGCGAGCGUUAUUAUGUAGUUCAAUGGUCUGUGGUUAUACAGUAAUGCUGGUAUUACUCUGCGUCAAUGGUAUCAGUAGCGCCCCAUAUGUGAUUAAAAAUGUCAAAAAUGAAAAAGUAGCAAUCACUGGUUACUGGUAUUUCCAUAUCUGAGUAACCGUGUGUGACUGCUGCUUUGGAAGUUUGGAAUCACUGUGAAAAAAUCACUGCCACAGUGCUACUGCUAUUUUACGCCAUCACUACUGAAUUCACGACGGACACGUUCGGCGUUCGUCCAUUCUGCAUUCGUUCUGAGCUCUGUUGUCCUGUUUCUGUCGACAUCUAACAAAUUACAAUUGGCUACUCAACACUCGCUGACUCGUUGCUGCGACCAACCCUCGGCCGCCGCGCGUACUGUCCAGAACACUCCGAAGCCAUCAUUCCGCAGUGCUCAAACUGCUGCAGUCUUGCGCUUGACCACCUGCAAUUCGUCGUUCAGCAGUCCGAGGCAGCUACAGCCGUGCCUAUCAGGAAACAUUUCAGAUUUUGGAGCUGCAUCUACCAUUAGUCAGAAGAAUCAAAAGACACCCACCCUCAAGUCCACCAUGGAACUGACUAGAACUAACAACUACUACCGGAUGUUACAAGAUUUAAAAUCACUCAAAGAGAAAAAUUCCAAACUGAACGGAAAAAUUGAAAUUCUUACAACAUCAUCAAAUUCAUUGACCACACAGUUGAAAGAGGUAAAAGAUAGAAAUGCUAUGCUUACUCUGGAAUUUAAUGCAGAUCUGUUGGCAGAUAAGGAUUACCAGUGCUCUAUUUGUCAUGAAAUAUUUAUAAAGCCAGUAUUGCUUAGUUGCACUCACAUGUUUUGUAAAUGGUGCAUUGACAAUUGGUCAAAGAAAAAUAAUUGUUGUCCAAUAUGUCUGGUUCCUAUAACCAGUGUUGUACACUGUUUGAGUAUGAACAAUUUCAUCGAAAAAAGAAUGGAAAUUAUGCCAGCCGCAAUUAGGUUGGAGCGCAAGAAUUUAGAAGAAGGCCGAAAAGAAAUAAAUAAUGCUUGUGUACCGUACUUGAAUAUUUGCAAUUGUUAAGAAAUUUCUUUAUUAUUGUAGUUAAACAAAAAUUCUGUACAAUUGUUUUUACAUUAAAAUUUUGAAAUUUUGAAUAAGGUAUCCAAACGAUGCAAGUCAGUCGUCAAAUAAUUAAAGCUUUAUAAUGUGCAUUGAUAAAUUUAUCUUAAUUUCACUAAAUUACUUUGUACGACAUAUUUUGAAUUAGUACUUUUCCCAUACUUGUAACAAAAUUAGCAAUUUCAUUGUAUCAUGUCUUAUGGUUAAAUAUCAAUAAUAGCAUAUAUGUGGCUGUGUGCCACAUAAAAAAAUUGCAUUAAUUUUUAAAAAAAUAGGAUUUCAAUUGAUUGUUUAAAUAUUUUUAUAAUAAUGAACUAAGCUUAGUGUACUUUAGUCUACAACAGCGUUUCCCAAAUAGUGGGUUGCGACCCACUACCGAGCCAUCAAAAUGUAAUACCGGGUCGCAGAAUUUAAUGAAAUUCUCAUAUUAAAUUUGUUAUUUAUCAUUUUCGUUUGAUAAUUUAAACUGUUAAGUAUGAAGAAGAAGUCAAAUAGACAGGAGAGAUGAUUCAAAUGUGUUUUAUUUUGCGUUUUAUUACAUAUUGGUAAAUGUAAAAUAUUUUGGUGGGCCAUGAAGGUGAAAAAUAUAUAAAUUACCGGGCCAGCCCAAAUAAGAGUUUGGGAAACGCUGGUCUACAAUAUAUAAUGCAAUAGAUUCGCUAAAUACUUUUGAUAUAUAUUAUUUUUAUAGAAUAUUAAGAAUUCCAAAAAAAUGUUUGUAUGUAUAACAAUUUUA